CUUUUUUACAGAGAGCGGUGUAGCCAUUUUAACUCAACAGGGGGAUCGAUUUCUUUGUAGUGCUGUGGCUUAGAAAUGGAACUGGCCAAGCUUGCUUUCUUUGUAAUAUCCCUUUAUUCAGCUCACCUCACAGUAGCAGCACCACUAUGUCAAGAUAAACAUGACCAGUGCUCUGAUCAUGCAAGUUACUGCGGUAGUUACGACCACGUCAGGAAGCAGUGUCCACGGACCUGUAAUCAAUGCGCCUUAAUUUAUCCUUCGUUGUCCGUAACUCCAACGCAAAGCCUACCCACCGGAGCUACACCGCACACUUUCGCUCCACUACAAAGUUCGAUGGCUGCGCUUGGUAGCCUGGCUACUGAACAAAUCGCCACUUCGCUAUCACAAGUUCCAUCUCGAACGCAAACAUCGAAAGCAUUUUCAUGCAGCCUUACACAAACACGAGCUAGUCUCCUUGUGUCACAGACACAAAAUUUAAAUGACUUCACCACGGCUCAAAGCCCGAGGGAAGUUUUACCAGGCUCCACCAGUCUUCCAACAGAAACCACUGAUUAUACGUCAGAGCCAAAUAUUUGUGAAGAAGACGGAGAUAAACAACAAAAUACUGCCAUCAGAACAGCUGGAUCAUCAGCAAACAUCUUGAUGAUUCUGACAGUCUCACGGAUGUAUGCAUUCUUGUGACAGAGAUAAUAUUGAAAAGAUGAGAGCGCACUUCAACUAAGUGUCGUGAAACUAAUAUCAGAGAAAACACAACAGUCAAUCAGUAGAAAGGGUAUUGUCAUCAAGAGCCCGCGAGAACACACGGUAAAAAACAAGUGAGCCGCCUAAGACACGCAGAACCGCAAGUAACCAAGGCACGUUUGGGUUUAGUUUGGCCUCUGAGGCGCAAGUGUCCUUGACUAGUGAAAUCCCGGAUUACAUUCAGCACUAAUCAGUUGAAGAUUGUCCUCGCUUGCACAUGGAAUCUGUUUCUCAAAGGAUUGCUUUUCAGAAUAUCCAAAAUUAGAGUUAUUAAUAGAGUAACCUUUUGAUAUAAAUAGUAAACUGAAAGCGGAAAAUGCGUGACACGCCGUUUAGACCAAGCUCAAGCAAAGCAGAUGGUAGAUAUAAAUCUUUUAAACAUCUGAAAUCAGAUCAUGUAAAACUUUUCCGUUAAAAGUAUGAUAUUUGAACUUCCCUUACAGCUUUUAUUGAUGUUACAUAUAAACGUUUUUUCAAUUCCAUUACGUUAACAAUUUUACUAUUUAUAUUUGUAUUUUUGUUAUUUAUAAAUUUUCCUCACAACUGUCACUCGUAAAGUUACUCUGAAGAUUAGUUAAAUAGCGGAUUUGCUAAUAUAUAAGCAAACCACUGUUCAGUAGAUGAGUUUAUCAAUUCUCAUCAUUUGUUUCCUUCAAAACAAAUCAAACCUAUAAGGAAAUGUUACGUUUCAAAUACUUCCGAGAGUUAAAAAGUUAAGGAGGAGUAAGCCAAGAUAAGGCGAGGCAGAAGUAUAUAUUGAUCAAGAAAACAUUGGCUUGGUAACCACGCUAGAUCCAGGCUUUUAUCAUGCGCCUUGAUACCUUUAU